CCUACUGCACCUAGCAACUGAGUAUGAUAUAUAUAGAGCAGCGUUCCAGGACAAGGCACAGAGUGACUGAUUCAUUCGAACGAUCAACAUGUAUUCCAAGGUACUUCUUCUCGCCCUUGCUUUGGCAACCAUUGCUACAGCUUAUGCUGCCCCAGGGGGAUCCUCGGAGGAGAGGUCCUUCGAAUCCUUCGAGUCCGGCGAGGCCAAGUACGACUUCAACUGGGCCGUGAGAGAUGAGUCCUCCGAGAACGACUUCGGUCACCAGGAGGCCCGUGACGGAGACAACACCCAGGGAUCCUACUACGUCCGCCUUCCCGACGGCCGCCUCCAGACCGUAAAGUACUUCGUCGAAGGAGACUCCGGAUACGUGGCUGAGGUCAACUACGACGGAGAGGCUCGAUUCCCUGACUCAGCAUCUUACGAGUCUAACGAGUCUAAGUAAACAUACUGGAGUAUUACCUUAAAAAUGACUUGUUUAUUUAAACCGUGACAUUAUUUAAUUCUAUUUGGAGUGAUGUAAAUAAAUUGAUUAAAAAUUGCAAAUAUA